CGAGACCUUUAAUCAUUCUUGCCGCCGAGAUGAACGACGAGAUGUUGCGCUCAUUGCAAUUUGAAUGCGACAGACUCCUCGACGCCAAGUUCGGAGAAACAGGCCUACCUGGCGCUCAGUUCAUCGCUCUCUCGAGGAACGGGACGACACUUUACUCGAGAUCGUUAGGAACCAAGGCCAUCAAUAGUGCUGAACCUAUGACGGACGAUACGAUGUUCUGGAUGGCGUCAUGCACGAAGAUCCUCACCUCCAUGUGUAUCCUGAAAUGUGUCGAGAAAGGACUUGUCACGCUCGAUGAGGAUAUAUUAGGGCAUAUACCCGAGCUUGCUAAGCAGCUUGUCCGUCAAGAUACGACCGAACCAGGAAAAUUUGAUCUCGUGCCUCGCAAAGGACCGAUAACCCUUCGAAUGCUCAUGACGUUCACGUCUGGUGUCGCAUUCCCUUCUACAGACCUUACUCCGGAAGUUAUAGAGUUUAUCGCGACGAGCAUGGAGCCGUAUGUGCAAGCUAGAGUUGAAUUUCAUGGUGGCGGACCUUUGAAUUCGCAGCCCGGAGAGAAGUGGGAAUAUGGAGGCGCUCUUGAGUGGGCCGGCCUUGUUGUCGAAUCCAUUACAGGCCAGAAGCUGGGAGAUUUCAUGAAAGAACAGAUCCUCGAGCCAUGUGGCGUUCACGACAUCAACUUCGAGCUGACAGAAGACCAGCGCUCCCGUUUCACGGGUACACAUUUCCGCUGGCCUGAUGGAAGGGUGACUGUACGCGGAAAGCUCAUAUCGGACGACGUUGUCGAUCAUGUUGGGGGUUCGGGCUUGUACGGGAGGGGAGAUGAGUAUGCUCGAGCGUUGCUACCACUUGUUAACGAUGGUGUUCAUCCGUUCACAGGAAAACGAAUCCUAAAGCCGGAGACAGUUAAGUCAAUAUUCGAAGGCCAGCUCACCCCAGAUCAGGCCGCUUGGCUCGAACGCCCGACGAUAGCAGCGGGAGGUAAAGUUUUGUUUCCAAACAUCGAGAAGCAGUGGGGGAUGGGAUGCCUGUUGAUGCCGAAGGGGUCUAGUGUGACCGGAAGAGGGGAGAGGACGGGAACUUGGGAAGGCUGGGCGAACACGCAUUGGAUGGCUGAUCCUACGAAGGGCGUUGUGAUGGUGGUUUUCGCUCAAGUUGUGCCUAAUACGGACGAGAAGCUGGUCGCUCUGAAGGACGAGUGGGAGAAGACGGUUUACCAAGGAUAUGAUCUGUUUGUCAAGGGAGGCGCAUAGUUAGUGCAGGGGAUGAUUGUGGAAAGGCAAUGACGGUUGCAUAUCCAUACGAAC